UUCGCUGACAGAACAUGUGUAGUUCUUUCUAAAAAUGUUUUGUAAAGAGAAAGUUUAUCAUCUACUUACCUUUCUAUUUUCCGUUUUAAAUCUGUCUGAUGCUGACGAUCAGAUACGAGUAGCAACAACCUCUGACACCAACCUUAUAUAUGGAAAUUCACUUUUUAUGGAGGUUUUAGAACCAGAGGACAUAAAUUUUCUAUAUAAAAUAAGACCUGCCAAAAAUUUUGGAGCAGUUUUUGAAAAAAAGUACACAGGGAUGCAAUUGAUAUUAGGAAAUCCAUACAGCGGAUGUAGUUCACUGCAAAAUCAUGAGAUUGUGAGAGAUAGGAUUGUGAUGCUUCAAAGAGGGGAAUGCUCAUUCGUCACCAAAACUUUUCAUGCUCAAAUUGCCGGUGCUGUGGCAACCAUCAUAACAGAUAAUGAUAAAAAUAACGAUGAUAGUACGAUAGACAUGAUAAAAGAUGAAACAGACCGAGAAAUAAAUAUACCAGCGUUAUUCCUGCUCGGGAAAGAUGGAUACAUGAUAAAGAGCUCUAUAGAGAGAUACGGCCUUAUGGGAGCCACCAUCAAUAUACCAGUGAACUUGACAGGAGUGCCCAUCAAUAAUGUCAACAAACCGCCUUGGACAUUAUGGUGAUAAUUCACGGGAUAUAUGUCUCUUUAUAUGAAUAUACAAGUUGUGCAGGAUAAAAACGAGAUUAGUAAUGUGGUAUGAAAUAUGUACAUGCAAUUACUUAAAAAGGGAGGUUACUACUUAAUGAUAAUGCCCUACAAAGGGAGGUAAUCCUAACGUAUAACGACUUUAAUGGCCGAAAAUAUUUAGAAAAUGUUUCAUCUUCUAUUCUAUGCCAAAGGUGAUCCCUAGCUGACUUUUACUAUUAAACUUCAACUGUGUUAAACAUUAGUUUUUUUGACUCUAAGUCAUGUUGAAAAUGUUAAUAUGUUCGUCAUAUUAAUUUUAGAAAGACACACACCGGAUAAAGGGGAGUAUUACAUGUCAGGGCACAAACGCGAUAUAUUUGAUAACUUGUAAGAAAUGUGGUAUACAAUAUGUUGGCCAAACAUCUAUGACUAUCAAUACAUGCAUCAGAAACCAUCUAUAUUCAAUUAUACACUCCGACCCGGCCAAACCUGUGGUGGGACAUUUCAUUACGUCGGGUCACAAUACCAGUGACGUCGGUGUCAUUGGCUUGGUGACGGAUGUAAAUGACAUCAGCCGGCGGCUACGUUACGAGGACAGCUUCAUCAGAUUACUACGAACAUAACAACCAGAGGGGCUUAAUAUCAUUACAUAGAAUGGUGAAAACUAAAAAGACACCUUAUAAUCAGGGGACAGUGAGGAGCAUACCUUGUAUAUGUUGUGGUAAAACGUAUGCUCACAUCAGAAACUUGCGUAGGUAUGCUAACACUGCCCAUUCAGCCAUCAAGGCAUGGUAUAAAUGCAAAAUCUGCAAGAGAUCGUAAAGGAAAACAGGCGACUACAGAAAACAUAAAAGAAAUGAACACCCAACUUAUAUGAUUGAACCAGAAGUAAUAAAAGACACUACCAGGGAAGAUACAUGGAUACCGUCUGACAAAAGACCAUUUGAAGCACUAACUAGGAAACUGCUGGACCUAAUCAAAUUUCUGAUUGUCCCGGGACGGCAGUUAAUCAGGGAGGGGCCUGCUGAGAAGUCCCGGCUGAUCUUGGACCAAGCUUUAGAGAUGCUAAAGGAACAUCUUGCAUUAAGCGACUUGGAGUCAUUGGUAUACACACGCAACACUUCAGAAGAUGAAGAGGGAGAGAAAACAGGAGAAUAGAAGCAGUAGAAUUACAAAUCAGAAUCCACAGCGACACUAUGUUGAGAUGAACUACAAUAAGGGCUAAGCAAUUAUAAAACAAUAAUUAAAUAUAUACAUAUAUAUAUUUGUGAGGAACUAACAACCAACUGUGAAGGUCAUAUAGUAGAUAAAGAUGCAUAGGCUAUUAAUUAUGAGUAGAGUUGGACACUUAUGAACUGUCCAAAAGGAUCAUACCCACACAUUUUUAUGCAAUAAAAAAAUCUUCAUAAAUGGUCAAAAUACAAGUCAAGCUUGUUAACUGUAGGCCAUUUUAAUAUAGUGAUUGGCUGUUAAUAAAAUAGCAUGUAUUAUCUAAUAUUUUUAAUAUUAAAGUUUUACAACUGUGAUUUUUAAACAUUCUCAUUGUUGGGAUAAGCAGUGCAAAAGCAGAAGAUUCCAAAAUAUACAAUAAUAAUCUGUGCAGGUUAUCGACUAUAUUUGCCUACCAGGUUGACCUGUAUUAAUGCAGGUGACUUAUAGCAGGUAUGAAGGAAAGACAUUUCCAAGUAGAGAUACCAUACUUCAUAUGGAACUUGUUAUUUUAUAAAAAUGGCAUUAAUUUCCUACUUGGUACAAGUUGUAUGUUAUAAAUGAUUACAUGACUUUAUAAAAGUGAUGUUAAAAUAAUUAUUUAUUCAUAGCAUCACUUCAUACCCAACAUACAAAUGUCUGACACCGGUUCUAUCAAAGGGAGGGCAACAUUGACAUAGAUCUGAUGGUCAAAGGAAUAGUAUAAGUAGAAGUUUCUUCAUAAUUGGUGGUGGGUUAUCAUGUUAAUUUAACUGGUGUGAGUAAUUUGGGAAAGGAACUGUCACAUCAGGAAAACAUUUGAUAUCAAUAAACAUUUUGUCCAGAAAAUAACAUUUACUGUUUCGUAUUUUAACCUGGGUAUGAUGUCACAAUGAUAUAACACAAAAUUUUAUAUUUGAAAGAAUUUUGAAGUCACAUCUUGUCUGGUUAAACUUUUGUCAAGGUAAAGGGUCGUUAUUUUGACUGAAGAAAAUAUUUCCUACCUCUAAAAAAAUUAUGAAUUAUAUGACAAUGAAAGUUAUGAUAUAAAACAAUGGUGUAUUAUUCCUAUGAUCACGAAACCUUUAUCAGUGUGUCAAGCCCUGGUUGUCUUUAUGCCCCAUGUAGCAGAUAUUAGAAAUUUAUGCAAUAUACACUUAUAUGCAAAUUUUACAUAGAAUAGUAUUUUUACAUUCAUAUAAUACAUUUUAGAUUGUUAAUAUAUCUUAGGAUACUUGCAAAAUCAACACAUAGCCGGUGUGUUUUCAUAUAGUAACUCUGUAUUCAUGUAUAACAUUUUUAAUUAAUCUUUAUGUAUUAUGUAGUUUUAGCACCAACAUUUUUAAGGUGAAGGGUGAAAAUACAACUAGAAGAAAUUUCCAGGUAAAAAGUGAUAUUUAAAAUUUUACCCAAUAAUAGUUUCCACUAGCUUGUUAAUUUUUUCAUUCUUUGAGAAAAGUAAUUAAUGACUGCUGAUUGUAUCUCUCCAGAUGAUUUUUUAUUUAAUGUACCAAAAAAUGUUCAUUUCAUUAACACACUGAUGAUAGAUAAUUCUAUUCAGUUUUCUAGGGCCCUGUUUAGAUGCCCAAAUGCCAGGCCCAAUUUUCUUGAACCUUCCAUAAGUUAAGAAAAUUCUGUAACUUAAUUUUUCCAUAGGAAAGGUUUCCAAGUUUAAGAAAAAAUUCUUUAACUUAGGAUUUUUCCUAAACUCUAAUAUUGUUUUCCUAUGGAAAAACAGAAGUUAAGGUAUUUCCUGAAGUUAAGAAAUGGUCAUGAAACUGAGGCUAGGAAUCAUGCUCUCACCUACAUGUAUGAUAGGUGUCAACCUCUGAAACCUCCAAUGAGGUAGAUCUCCUUCAUUUCCAAUGAGGGAGACUGUGUGAGAUGUGACUGAAAAUGCUUUGCUCAAUUGAUCUUUUCCUUUUUAUUUAUCAAAAUAACUCUGAAAAGCAUUUAUUUAAUUCACACACCUUGUAGUAACUAGAAGAUCAUUUGACCACAGGAUGUAGAUUUUGAGUUUGUGUGAGUUUGGAUUUGAAUGAGGGAGUUAC